AUGAUAAUAAGUUCAAAAUGUUCAAAAGUUACGUCAUCUGAACAUCGAGCUAAAAUAUUAGACACAAUUAAAAUAGCCAAGCAAAUAUCCACGAUAAAAACAAAAACCGAUGAAUUAAAAAAACCCAUCGAGAUGAAACUGUAUCCACCAAUAAUGAAAAAUAUGGAAAUAAACAUCAAUUUCGUCAAUAAUCCUUCACUGGAUAUUGAUACAGCUAACAAAUUACAAUCAAAAUAUGAGAAAACCUUAGCUCAUUCAAAAAUUGAAAUAUUAAAAUUAAUAAUAACAAAAACUGAACAUGAAAUCGAUAAACUAAAUGAACAAAUAAUAGAAGAAGAACAAAUAAAAAACAAUAAAAAGAAAUACCACAGAAAUAUGAAUCCGUCAUCAAAGCUUUAG